UUGUAUCUCAAUGUCGCCAAAGUAGACUGUUUAGCUGUUGUCCUUGCGCAUGUGUUGUAUGCGCAUUGACCACACCACAGCUAGACUGGCGGUAAACAAAUUGUUCAAAAGUUUAGGUUGUAUUUUAGAAAAACGAUAGUUUGCACAUACAUAGAAAACUUCGUUGUCACUACGAAAAUUAUACUAUAAUGGAGGGAUAAAUGGAAAUGCGCACGGCGUUAAAUAAUGCUUUGGCUGCAUAUAACUAAGCUAACGUUACUAACUAACUGCCUAGGCUAGCUGCUUUUAACUUGUGAAAUAUCUGAUUCUCGUCAGCAAACGUACACCAUUUACAUUGGUGGCCAGUGAGGUUGCCACCGUACUGAUCUUUGGUUCAGUUUUCAGCCUCGAACAUUUUGAACACAGUAUAGACUAGGUUACAUUCUAUGUCACCAUGAAGGAUGAUGACACUAAGCAAACAACUUAUCUGCCUUUGAUUAAUCCUCCUAGGGCUACAAGACCGGAGUGAAUAGACCUCCCUCAUCCCAACAGUGUCACUUGGACAAACUCACCAUGUUGGUGACAGCCUACCUGGCCAUCGUGGUCCUACUGGCGCUAUGUGUCGGUCUGGAGCUCACGGCACGUCGCCUCACCGCGCCUCAACCCACUCCCUCUGCUGUGGGCACCAACCCUGCUUUCCGCCGCUUCCAGACCCUGUUCCUAAGAGGCUACCUCCUAGCCCUGUGGGCUGACUGGCUGCAGGGGCCAUACCUCUACAAGCUGUACCGUCACUACAGCUUCCUGGAGUCCCAGAUAGCCAUCCUGUAUGUUGUUGGUCUGGCCUCCUGUGUGCUGUUUGCCCCCGUGGCUGGCUGGCUCCCUCAGGUCCUGGGGCGCAGACAGACCUGCCUGCUCUUCUGCGUAGCCUACUCAGCCUGUUGCCUCACCAAGCUAUCCCGUGACUACUUUGUCCUUAUCGUGGGUCGCAUGCUAGGGGGCCUGUCCACCUCUCUGCUCUCCACAGCCUUCGAGGCCUGGUACGUGCAUCGACAUGUGAACGCCCACGACUUCCCUAAAGAAUGGAUCCCCAGCACCUUCACCAAGGCUGCUAGCUGGAACCACGGGCUGGCAGUGGGGGCUGGGCUGGUGGCUAACAUGCUGGCUGAGUGGCUCCACCUGGGGCCUGUGGCUCCCUUCCUCCUGGCUGUGCCCUGCCUGGGGGCCUGUGGCUGGGUGGUGCUGACUGACUGGGGCACGGAGGAGAAGGGAGGCCAGGAGAGGGACAAGACGUCCUUGCUUGGUCCUGCUGCUUCAGUGCCCCUGGCCCGGGCAUCAGCACGGGCCCGGUUCUGGCGCAGCUGUCAGGAAUGUCUCCGCUGUCUGUUAUCAGACAGACGGGUGAUGCUGCUAGGAGGUGUCCAAGCUCUGUUUGAGAGUGUACUUUAUAUAUUUGUCUUCCUGUGGACCCCGGUCCUGGACCCCCACGGCCCUCCGCUGGGCAUUGUCUUCUCCUGCCUGAUGGCAGCCAGUAUGGCUGGGUCCCUGCUCUACCGCCUGGCCACAUCCACCCGCUACCGCCUCCAGCCUGGUCACCUCCUCUGCUUCUCCAUGCUGCUUGCAUUUUUCUCCUUCUUCAUGCUUAUCUUCUCCACUGCCCCGGGCCAGCCCAGACCCCGCGAGUCCCUGCUGGCCUUCCUGCUGCUGGAGCUGGCCAGUGGCCUCUACUUCCCCGCUGUCAGCUUCCUCCAGGGGAGGGUGAUCCCGGAGGAGAAGAGGGCCGGGGUGCUGGCCUGGUUCAGGCUGCCUCUGCACCUUCUGGCCUGCCUGGGGCUCCUGGCGCUCCAUGGAGAAGUGUCUGGGACUGGAGGGGGUGAGAGUGGUAGUGGAACUAGAAACAUGUUUGGGGGCUGUGCUGUUAUGAUGCUAGCUGCACUCUUGGCUGUGGUUAGUCUCUUUACUCUGGGAAGGAAUGAUGUGGAUCUCAGACUAGAGGGGCCCAAAGGAGAGGGAGAGAUAUGACAUUCAGAGGUCUUUAUUGUCCCAACAAUGACUUGGAAUACAGUUACUGCUUUGUUGACAGAUGAAGACUCGUUUGGGAAAGUAAAAUGAGCUUUUGAGGGACUGAAACCUGACAUUUAAUCAACCUAGGAUUUACCAAUAUUAGACAAUGAUUUAAAAUAAUCUGGUGUCGGUAAGGUUACAAGAUUUCCUGAUAUUUAUUCGUUUUCGUUUUGUUAACAGGGACUAGCAAUUGUUUCGCUAUAUUGUUGGGUAUAUGAAGAAAAAUAUGUUCUUAAGUUAUAAUGCUGCAGUCUGCGUCAUCUCCCUUCUUUUGAAGCACACUUGCAUACACACUGACGCACAUGCUGGUGUAAUAAUGUUGUGCCAGUAGGUGGUGCCAGUCUUGCUCCAGGAUGUUCUUCAUAUUCUAGCCUGUACAUGCUGUAGUGUUUAUCAACUGCGUUGUUCAGGGUGUACCACUCAGCCACAGCAGAACGGGGCUUACAUCACUAGCCCAGCUGCUCGCUUCGGCAGAACUAUCACCCACUCUCAUAUCAUUUAAAACAAGUACAAAUAUAUCAAUUCAGUCUUACUGCUUAUGAUGAAAGCAACUGUGAAGUCAAUCAGUGGGCAUGUGUAGCUACACUUGUUCUUGACAUUGUCAGUAGUGUCCAAAAGGGGGGGAAAAAUAUUAUAAAUAGCUUGUUGUGUGGAUGAAUAUCGGGGCCAUUCCAUUAUCAAUGCCUGUUUUGGUAUACAAACAGUUGCUAUUUUGACUUAUGGGGCUUGCUAGGUACAUUGUAGUAAUUAAACACCAAUGUUAAGGGUGUUUAGAUUCUGAAUGGAUACUUAAUGUGUCUUGGAGAGGUGUGUGUGUGUGUAUUUGCCUUGUUCUUUUUCGCUUUCUAUUCUCCAGAACCUUCAGUAAAAUAGGACAUAUUGUAAAUAUGGAAUAAAUGUGAUUUUAAUACCGUC